AUGGCUUCAUCACAACAGUUAACGACAAUUGAGGACCUCCAAGGAGAUGUUUUAUCAGAAAUAUUCAUCCGGUUAUUGGCAAAACAGCUUGCUCAAAUGAGGUGUGUCUCUAAAUCUUGGAAUGCUCACUUAUCUCAAUCAUCCUUCAUAAAAUCGCACCUCCAGUCUUCAAUCCGUAAUAACGAUGAUAUUCUCUUGUUUUUCAAAUACAAUUUUUCUUUCUGUGGUGGUCGACCUUUCACAGCAUGCCCCUCUCGAUCUCCCCAUCAUGAACUUACCGAUUUCAUUAAACUACCUGUUAAUCUCCAAUCUAGACAAACAUAUGGCAAUGUCAUUGGAUCUGUUAACGGAUUAAUAUGCUUUAGUUACGGAACUCUUCAUGAUUCCAAGUUUUACAUAUGGAACCCUUCUCUCUCUGCUGUGUUGACUCUCCCGCCAAGUUCAUUUCCCUCUCACGAUACUGAUAUGGUUGGAGUUCCUCCUCGGUUUGGAUUUGAUCCCAAAUCAGAUGACUACAAAGUUGUUAGGAUUUCAAGAGAUCCCCAACCAGGCAGCACGUUGUUUCCAUUAUCUAAAAGAGUUGUAAUUGAUGUUGAUUCUGAAACUGUUGAAUACAAAGUUGAGGUGUAUAGCAUGAGAAAGGGUUUCUGGCAGUUAAUCCCUCAAAGGUUUCCAUCACAUAUCCAGAACUCAAUGUUUAUGCACUAUACCGAAUUUUGUGUAGAUGGGCAUGAUGGUCAUGUUCAUUGGUUUAAUUUUGUUGAUUCACAGUGGAAGUCAAAAAAGAUAGUUGCAUUUGAUUUGGCUGAAGAGACAUUCCGUGAGAUUCCUCUUCCAGACUUUCCAAUAGAUGAUAGCAUGGAACGCUCUUUAGGUGUUUUGGGAGGAAAACUUUGUGUGAUGUUAGGUGUUAUAGAUGGUGGAUGUGAGGUAUGGGUGAUGGACGAUUAUGAUGUGGCUGAAUCAUGGGUCAAACAUUAUGUGUUUCCCCAGUUUGAUGGCGUUAUUAUUCCAUAUGGGUUCACAUUUCACAAUGAGUUUCUUUUUGAAAUUGCCAAUUACUAUGAUGAUGAUGACGAUGAUCAUUGCUUAGGUUUGUAUGAUCCAAUUGCAGCCAAGACUAAAAGUUUUGAGGUUGGUUAUGGACUAUCUAAAGUUGUUGAGUAUGUUGACAGUCUUGUUUGGGUAACACCUGUGGAGCAUCAGAUGAGUUGUUGCAACAUCUCCCGAUUGAAAAUUUGA